CUCUCGUAACUACAAUGUGUAUUGCCUGUCUGUGUUCGCUUUGUUAAUUUACAAGUCGGAACGCUAUUGUUUAUAGAACAGAAUAUUAAGAAAAAGAAUCAUGUAAAACAUCUAAUAAAAAAGGAGGAGCCAUUAUUAGAAACGAAUUUCGUCACGCAACGACAACAACAAUGUCAGCCAUUGACGGUCUAACUUUCUGUGAUUGUUCACUCCCACUUCAAGAAUGAUUCGUUGGUCCUGCCAUAAAUAUGUUUUGUUGCGUUUAGUAUCCUCGUGUUAGAUACACGAGAACAGUGUGUCACACUGCUUGCUCAGUCAUAGGAUUACAAAGAAUGUUACGUAGCAUCUUUUCGUCAAAUUCAUGUGAAGAAAAAGAUAUUUCAUUCCCAGCAACUAUUUAACUGGUCCGUUUGUCGAGCAACAGUGAGAAUUUUAUUUUUUUAGCUACCUAGAAUUUUCGGAUUCUUUUUCAUUCCAUAGCAAAUUAUAUAUUUGCUUUUCCCUACUCUCAAACUUUUAACUUGUAAAUGACGCUGCGAAACCAACACAACUCCAUCUGAUGUCAUUGCAUUGACUUUAAAAACAACUUCUAUUAUUUGUCCUGACUGACUGACAUAAAUAUGUAUCACACAAAUUCAAAAGUUCAAUGCAAUAGCUAGAGUCAAGAUUUUUGUUUUGUAUAUGGACAAAGUCAGCAGUAGUACACAAUGUGGUGAUGAAGUCGAAAGUACUAAAAAUGAAAACAUUGCAAAUUAUAUUUCUGUUAAGCCAAGAACUUUGGUAAGAGGGAAAAAUAAAAAAUUACCUGCUCAAGCUGAAAGAAAGCAAGUUAGAUUGUCAGACACGGGAAAGAACUCACUGGAUUUGUAUAAACAACAAAACGAGAGCGGUGCUACUAAAAAAUGCAAAUUGCACCGCUAUAUUUUUGAAAACAACAAGCUAAAGGUUUUACAAUAUCUUGCAGAAUUGGAAAAUGUUAAAAAACUGAACAAACAAGACGAAAAUGGAAGAUCACCUGUCUAUUUUGCGGCGGGAAAAGAAAAUGCAUGUAUAUUAAAAAUGUUGCUCAGUUUUAAAGGUGUUGACAUAUUCAAAGAAGAUAAAGAUGGAAAAUCGCCGUUCUUUAAUGCCGCAGAUAAUGGAUCUCUUGCGUGUAUGAAAGAGCUCUUAAAACAUGGCGCCAACCCCUGUCAAACUGACAAAAAUCUAAACUCACCCUUGUAUCACGUGAUUUCUAACCAUGGAGACAAAUACUUAAAUUGCGUAAGAUUCCUCAUCAACGAUUGUGACUACUUUGUACAGAGUAAAAACAGUCGUGGUCAAACAGCCUUACAUGUUGCAGCUUCCCAUGGUCGGGCAGCUAUUGUUGAAUACUUACUGGAGAAUGAGUUUCUUGUAAAUGACAGAGAUGUGGAGGGGCGAACGCCCAUGGUGUUGGCAGUAAAAGCUAAUGAAUAUGAAACUGUUGAACUACUAAUCAACCAUGGUGCUGACGCAAAGAUUGUUGAUAAAAGUAACAAAAAUGCGUUUGAUUACGCUUCUGAAGGAGGAAGAAUCGAACUUCUCCUGAAAGAAGCAUGCAAAUGUACAAGCCACAAAGCUACUACAAAGAAGUCAAUCCCCGAUUCCGAUGAAGUAAACGCGUUGAAAAAGAAUAUGGAUAAACUUAGAAAGAAAAUUGAUGACGUUAUUGAAGAAGAACAUAGAAUGAUAAAAGAGAACACAAUUUUAGAAAAUAAAAUGGAAGAAGACACAGACAAGAAAAUCAAUCAAAAUAAAUAUGGCCACAAAAUACGCCAAAGAUUCUUUCAAGAAGUACGACACACGAGGGAUAGACUCUUGCAAAAGGAAACGCACCAAGCAAGAAGAAGUUUCACAGAAGAAGAACAAAACAAAGAAAUGAAUGAUCUUGAGGAGAAAUGGGAGCGCCUAGACAAAGCAUGUAAGGAUUUGACGUUAACGAACAACGAGAAAUGCCAUAGAAUUCAAAAUGUAGCAGAGCGAAUUACACACGUGGAUGGAAAGGAUAAGGAAUUACAGAAUUUGAUACAAGAGCUUAACGUAGAAGUUCAAGAAACAGUGAAAGCUAGCGAAAACGAGCUCGAUGAAGAAGAAUACGAAGAAUUGAAAAUAGAGUUGGAAAACAUACAAGAUGAAAACUGUAAAACCAACAUAAAUUGGGCAGAUAACAGUGAUGAAAUUGAUCGAGAAAUAAAAGAAGCGACAAUAGAACUCACACAAAAGAAUAAAGAACUGGUGAAGGCGAAGAACAGGGUAAAAUUACUACGCGACGAGGCUAGUGUACAAAGAGAAGAAAUAACAAAUGUGACUGAGAAAACAGCAAGAUUAUUAGCUAAGUAUAAUAAACUGAAAGAAAGAGUACGCGACAUGCAGAAGUAAACAAAGACACAGUCCUAUUUCGUUUCUUUUUCCUACCCAAACCUUUUGGUUCGCCGGUUUCCGUAACAUUUUUGUGACACGCGAGGGCGUAAAUGGGCGUUA